AUGGCUACUGGGGGAUGCAGCAGGGGACCCGUGAAGGUUGUCAUAAUCAACACCCAAUACGUUGAAACCGAUGCCACCAGCUUCAAAUCUGUGGUGCAGAAGCUUACGGGUAAAGAUUCCGACACUUCCGGAGCAAAGGCCGAAAGAAAUAGACACGACAAAGGUGGAGUACCGAGGUCGUUUUUGAUGAGAGAUGUGUCGUUUAAGGAUUUCGAUAGGUUACUCCGAGAGAUGCCACCGAUAAACGACCUCUGGGCUGAAUAA